UUUGCUGGUCAAUGACCUCUCGGCUGGUGUUUGGACUGUGACAGUUUGUCAGGCUUCCUCGCAAAGAAGAAGAAAGAAGAAGGAAGACACACGAGGUGGGGAGACAUCGCCAUGACGACUGAAUACCAUGACAACGGUGAAGAGGACAACAGCUCGUUCUGGAACAAAGAGCCUCGACCUGUCUACUUCUCAGGUGUCUCCAAGUUCAGACGUUGGUUGAUCCCUGCCCUGACAGCGACAGUCAUCCUGGUUCUGAUCAUAGCACUGGGAGCUAGCAACACGGCGACGUCAAAUCGAUUGUGGUCGGUGGAGAAAAGUGUUUUGAAUAUGACUGAAUCCGUGGCUUUGGCUCAGCAGCUCAGUGCAGACGCGGCCGCAGACAUUCGCCGGCUGAAGUUUUCUGUGGAGAACAACAAGGACCAGCUGACGUCAGUGUCAGAGGCCCUGAAGCAGCUCUCGACUCUGGACGCUCUCACCAAGACGGUCACGUUACUGAAAUGUUCCCUCGAACGCCUCAUCAGCAACAGUUCACACACAGAAGGCUGUUGUCCUCUGGGUUGGGACAUGUUCCAGUCCUCCUGUUAUUUCUUCAGCAAGGUGCCUAAGAGGUGGCACGCUGCGAGAGACUGGUGCAACGAACACGAAUCUCACCUGGCCAUCCUCAUCACUGACGAGCAGUGGGACUCUGUGACCGCCCGGAGCCACGGUACCUUCUACUGGAUCGGUCUGACCGAUGAGAGGACAGGAAACUGGGAGUGGGUCAAUCAGACGCCGUACGUCAUGAACCGGAGGCGCUGGAGACCUGGUCAGCCGGACAGUUGGACUCAACACAACUUAGGUCCUGGAGACGAGGACUGCGCACAUCUCCACAACGACGGACGCCUCAACGACAUGCACUGCUCCGUGGUGAUGCACUUCAUCUGCCAGAGACACAGCCAGCACAGCUGAAGACCUCCUCCUCCGCUCAGGCUGCGUCUUUAUGCUGCUCACAUCAUGUAGGCACAGAUCCACCGUGUCACGAAGACACCAUUAAACAGCUGGAUCCAA